GGGCUUGGAAUAGUGUUAUUAAAAGUUGAAGAAGAAUGGAAAUUUAGUUUUGCCGAUAAAUACAGAUGAUUUGCACUUCUUUUAUAGAAAAUUCCCUAACACUAUUCAAUUCAAAAUGAGUACCGAAUAUCGCGAGCAUUACGAGUGGGCCAAAAAAGACUUGUACACAAGAGAGGGCAAGAACAUUGGACUACAUCACCCUGAACCUGUAAACUACUUGGCUGCCAUAGAAGGAUGGAAGCCUCUAAAAGUGGAACCAGAAAGUGAAGAGAUUAUGGCUGAAAGAAUGAAGAAGGAAUUCGGGGCAUACAAAUCUUCACUGAUUCAAAAGAGAAAAAGCCAGGAUGAAAAUGUGUUUUUAACCAGCUACCAGACUACUUUCAAACCGGAGUGUAAUUGUUUUUUCUUUUUUAAUUAUUUUUGCCUAAAUCUUCUCUUCUCCAUUGGUUUAGAUAACUACAGGCCUUCAUUUUCCACUUACGAAAAAGCUGCAAAAAUGUACGCCAAAGAGGUUGACCGAGACAUUGAAGACGAGUCCGAUAUUAAAGGCAAUAGUCUGGAUGGAAGAGAGGAUAGAGUAGAAGAUAGAAAAGGCAUAUACGAUCUUGUGAAACAUGAAGAACAAGAAAUCAAACCUGAUACUACAACUACCAAAAAUCAAAUUCAGGAAGUACAAGAGGAAAUUCUUGGAGCCGACGAACUUGCACAAGCCGCUAUCGAAAUGAUUAAAACAGAUUUCUCCAAAGGAAGGACGUGGAACUUGUGCAACUUGCCUUUGGUCGAUGCCGAAGAGAGAUACCACAGAUACAGAGAAUAUUUGGAUAAAUCGUCAAAGAAAAAAAUUAUGCUUAAUAAAAUUUACCGUUGCUGAUGUAA